AUGGCUCAAAUACCGACCAUUCGUGAACUCUAUGCGCGCGGCGCGCUCAGGGCCGCCAAUUCUCCGAGUGUGUUCCCUGCGGCAGCCAGUCUUCUCGACCGGAUCUCGAUACACAAAGGAGAUAUCACGAAGUUGGACGUGGACGCUAUCGUGAACGCCGCAAACCGAAGUUUACUUGGCGGAGGCGGAGUCGAUGGCGCGAUACAUCGUGCGGCUGGCCCCGAACUAUACGACGAAUGCGAAAUGCUCGACGGCUGUGAAACCGGAGAUGCGAAGAUCACUAAAGGGUACCGUCUUCCAGCGCGCCACGUCAUUCAUACUGUAGGACCGGUAUACUCUGCCUCCAAAGAAGACCGAGUCGCUUCCUUACUGGCGUCUUGCUACCGCCGUAGCCUUGAGCUCGCCUCCGAACAUAGCUUGAAGUCGAUCGCGUUCCCGUGCAUCUCAACCGGCGUCUACGGUUACCCGAAUGAAAAAGCAGCCCACAUCGCUCUUCGGGAAGUGCGCACGUAUCUCGAGUCGGACGCCGGGAAAGAGAUUGAACGGGUGAUGUUUGUUGUUUUCUUGCCCAUUGAUUCAGAGGUGUAUGAGCACCUCAUGCCCCAGUACUUUCCCCCGGAUCCGGAACCGGAGUGA